AUGGACGGCAACACGAACGCGCAGCUGAACAACCUGUUCCAGCUCUUCAGUCAGGCGGAGCAGUCAGCACGGAGACAGAGCGAGCAGAACGUGUACGUGGCAGGAGGGCAGGACGCGCAGUAUCUGCGUAGCUCAACGUACGAAAGUACGCCGUCAGCCAACACCAGCACGCAGUCAGUGGCAGGGUCAACUCCACAGAUGGCGCAGAAGGAAAUAAGCCUCAGUUUGCUGCAGACGCUGCUCAAGACACAGCAACAGCAGCAGCCGGCAGCGGCGACAACAGCGCAGGGCCCAAUGUCAGUCGCUGAGCUCGAAAAGUCGUUGGCUCAGGCAGCAGGUGCCCAGAUGUUCGCGUCUAUUCCUCAGCAGGUGCCGACGGCAAAGGCAUUCAGUCCUAUUGAGCAGCUUAAGCGCAUGGCGGCGGCCCAGAACUUCAGCGUGGGAGGUGGGCGGGCAGAGCAGCAGGCGACGUCGGUGACCAGUGACCCAGAGCCGCUGGCAGCAUCAAUGAUUACGUCGCCAUCAAGCAUGAACAGCAGCCCGUCGGUGAAGGCGGCAUCGGUGCCCCUGGCAGCGAGCACAUCACAGCAGUCGGGGCGCAAGAAGCCACGCGUCAACGUGCUGAACAUCGACGCUAAGCGCAUCAAGGCGCGGGGAACACCUGAGAGCACGCCGAUUUCGAUGCUGCAGCAGCCAGCGCGGUUCAAGCCCGGACGGCUCGUGGCGGUGAGCCGCGACUACAUCUGCUACGCGGUGCGCACCAAAGAGGGCGGGCGUGUGCGCAUCAUCCACCAGCUGCACGGGCAGCGAGCCAUGAUGGUGGGGCACACAAACUCCAUCAUCGACAUGGCAUUCCACCCAUGCUCGGGCGAGCCGGGGCGGCCGCAGGUGCUGGCAUCGGUGGGCAAGGACAACCGGCUCAUUGUGUGGUCAGUGGGGCCGGUGGACGACGAGAACGGAUCGGUUGAGGGAGCCAUUGACUACGAGCCAUUCAUCAAUGUCGACUCUGGUGGCGAUGCCCGGUUCAGUAGCGUGGCAUGGCGGCCGUCAGCGCAUGCUAAUACGCUGGAGCUGGUGGUCAGCACCGACAAGGGCUUUAUGCUGGUCAAGGCGCCAAUGCCAGCGGCGGAGGGCGAGCGUGCUGAGCCGGUCCCUGGCGACCAGCUCCACAUUAUGCCGGUGCUGACGGACAGCCCCGUGACUGCAGUUGCGUGCGGCGGCACACGGUGGGUGUUUGUGGCCUUUGCCGACAAGACCGUGCAGCUGUACGACGUCUCACAUACAUGGGAGACGAGCUCGACACCAUACACGCUGGUGGGCGAGGUCGCUCAGUGCAGCCAUCCAGUGGACACGCUCUACUACAUCGAACCGACAACAGCGUCGGACAAGGCCGGUCACAUCCUGGCCGGGUACUCAAUGAACCGGCACCUGCAGCUCUGGUGGCUCGGGUCCCGCGCUGGCGAGAGCGCGCUGAUCCAUGCAGUCAACUUUGUUGGUAUGCCACACCGCCCAUCACAUGGGUUCGUCAGUGUAGCGUACGAGCCGCAAGCGCGGAUUGUGGUGGGCGCGGCUAGCAAUGCCCCAUCAGUGAUUUUCUCAAUGAAGGUCAGCGGCCACGGGUCCAGCAUGCACCUGAACUUCCCGCAGGGCCAGGCAUUGGCUGAGGACCAGGCCACGCUCAGCAUGGCUGCUGCGUAUGAGGGCGACGCCGGGCUCAGCGUCUAUGCGGUGCACACGCGCCUGGUGCAGCAGCUGCAGAUCCAGGGCAUCCGGGCCACCGACUACGAGCCGAUGCCGGAUCCCGCCGACUCGUAUGCAGCCCGGCAGCUGGAGACUGGCAGCGAGAAGGAGCAGGAGGAUAUCAGCCUGGAGGUCGACCGGAUCGUCGACCGCGUCAACUCAAUUGAUAUUGACAGAGAUACAGGCAUGGGCAGCGAGCUGGUUCCAGAGGCCAGUCCAAGCGUGCCCGACACCUUCAGCAUACAGCCGCCGCAACUGCCCCAGCCGCCGCAGGAGCUGCUAUCAGCCAGAUCGCCGCAGGCCACGCCCAGCUCGGGCAUUGCCAAGCAGGAGCUCGCAGCUGAGAUCCGCACGGCCGUGAACGAGUCCAUUGCUGCGCAGCACAUCCCGGCACAGGUCUCGGCAGCAGUCGCCAGCGCAUUGCCUACCGCCAGUCUGCAGCUGAGCCCGGAGGCCGAGCAGCAGCUGGUCGACAAGAUCAGCGCGGUAGUGGAGCGCAAGGUCGUCCAGGACAUGGCGGGGCUGAUGGAGGCCACGCUGAUUCCUGCAUACAGCCGCGCAACCACCGCCAUGUUCGAGCAGAUGAAGUCUACGUUCGAGGCUGGUCUGCAGGAGUGGUGGAUGCGGUUUGCCCAAGUCAUGCCGCCGCCGCCGCCGCCGAUUGCCACGCCACUGGCGCAUGCUUCGGUGCCGCAGCAGCCGCCCAUGCCGCCGCCACCACAGGGCUUCUCGCAGCCACCGGUGAUGUCGCCGGUUAAUGCCAACUACCUGGAGUCGCUGAAGAACCUGCUGAACGGACAGAAGCCCAAGCAGUAGGGCCUUGUUCAACUAGAAUCUUCGUAGCAUGAGAAAACCAGGCAUACUUUACUAGGUUGGAAAAUUCGUGUAAAGAGAAACGAAAAAA